AAACUGCACAUGACAAUCACAUGAUCUGCCAAGGAUUGUCAAAAUCAUAUGACGCUCGGGCGAGGUGUAUAGAUUUUUGGGCCCCGUUUUCAAUUCGAAACCACACAGCAACAGGAUGAAAGGCUGCCUUUUCAAUAUCGACAAUGGCUAUUUGGAGGGUUUGUGCAGAGGAUUCAAGUGCGGGAUCCUCAAACAUGCUGAUUAUCUCAAUUUGGUGCAGUGCGAAUCUUUGGAAGAUCUGAAGCUCCAUCUUCAAAGCACAGACUAUGGUACAUUUCUGGCAAAUGAGCCAUCACCGUUGGCCGUUUCCACCAUCGACGAUAAACUUCGCGAGAAACUGGUGAUUGAAUUUGAGCACAUGAGGAACCAAGCAGUGGAGCCACUUUCCACGUUCCUGGAUUUUAUCACUUACAGUUACAUGAUUGACAAUAUUAUUUUGCUAAUCACUGGAACGCUGCAUCAAAGGCCUAUUGGGGAGCUGAUUCCCAAAUGCCAUCCUCUUGGCAGUUUUGAGCAGAUGGAGGCCAUUCAUGUGGCAUCAACACCAGCCGAGCUGUAUAACGCAGUGCUGGUGGAUACUCCUUUGGCCCCGUUUUUCGUCGAUUGCAUUUCCGAGCAGGAUUUGGAUGAGAUGAACAUUGAGAUCAUCCGUAACACUCUGUACAAAGCAUAUUUGGAAUCUUUUUAUGACUUCUGCAAAGCCAUCGGGGGCACCACUGCUGAGUCGAUGUGUGAAAUCCUGCAGUUUGAAGCUGAUCGCCGAGCUAUUAUUAUCACCAUUAAUUCCUUCGGAACGGAAUUGUCUAAAGACGAUAGAGCUAAGCUGUAUCCUCGCUGCGGAAGGCUGCAUCCCGAUGGACUUGCUGCGUUAGCAAGAGCCGAGGACUAUGAUCAAGUUAAGGCUGUUGCCGAAUACUAUGCAGAGUACCAAAAGCUGUUUGAAGGAGCUGGAAAUAAUCCGGGAGAUAAAACCUUGGAGGACAAGUUUUUUGAGUACGAAGUGCGUCUGAAUAUCAACGCCUUUAUGCAGCAGUUUCAUUUUGGUGUAUUCUAUUCCUACUUGAAGCUGAAGGAACAGGAAUGCCGCAAUAUCGUCUGGAUUGCCGAAUGCGUCGCCCAAAAGCACCGAACCAAAAUUGAUAACUACAUCAAUAUCUUCUAAGUCAAACAAACUCAUCUUUACCCGAUAUUUCCAUUCCACAAAUAUGUAGAUAAAAUUAUCAAAUAAGAUUUUUAAUUGAGAAAAUUGUAUUCGGAACAAGUAUUGUAAGUAUUCUAUUGUACCAAUUGAACUUUAUUUUAAGAUUGCAACACAUUUUCUUCAGUUUAUUUACAAUCAGAUUUACUAUUGUAAUUUUAUUGUUUAUCAAUUCAUUGUAUAUUUAUGUUUUGCUGUUACUAGAUGUUGAUAUUAUACACAAAGGAUAGUU